CUCGUUCAUGCGGCUCGCGCUGCCGAGCCCGACCCUCCUCAAUCUCGAUAAAUUGUUCUUCCUACCAGAAAAUAAUACUCAUGAUAUUCAAAGUACCAGACUGAUAAUUCAAGUCUCUUCGGAGGUGCUGAGAGCGUCAGAAACAACCCAGGGUGUGUCCAACAAUGAGAAUGGAAGAGGCCAUCCUGCUCAAUCAAACAAAUUUAGUGCCAUAUUUUCAGCUUAGAGGUUUAACUGUAAAUCAGAAUGUGCAGAUGGCUGCAUUUGCCACAUUCCUCAUUUUCUAUGUCCUGAGAAUGAUUGGCAACAUCCUCAUUGUCAUAACUAUUAUCUAUGACCAUCGGCUCCAUACACCCAUGUAUUUCUUUCUCAGCAACCUGUCCUUUAUCGAUGUCUGCCACUCCAGUGUCACUGUCCCCAGGAUGCUGAUACACACCUGGUCAGAGGAGAAACUCAUCUCCUUUGAUGCCUGUGCAACUCAGAUGUUCUUCCUGCACCUCUUUGCCUGCUCAGAGAUCUUUCUGCUCACUGUCAUGGCUUAUGAUCGGUAUGUGGCCAUUUGCAAACCCCUGCAGUACAUGAUAGUGAUGAACUGGAAAGUAUGUGUGCUGCUGGCUGUGGCCCUCUGGAUGGGGGCCCUGACCUUCCUCACCAUCAAGCUGCCCUACUGUGGUCCUGAUGAGAUUGACAACUUUUUCUGUGAUGUACCUCAGGUGAUCAAACUGGCCUACACUGAUACUCACAUCAUUGAGAUUCUCAUCGUCUCCAGCAGUGGGCUGAUCUCCGUGGUCUGUUUUGUGGUUCUUGUGUCCUGUGCAGUCAUCCUGGUGAGUCUGAGGCAGCAGAUCUCAGAAGGCAGGCGGAAGGCCCUGUCCACCUGUGCAGCCCACCUCAGUGUCACAUGGUUUCUGGGACACUGCAUCUUCAUCUAUUCCCAUCCAUCCACCAGCCUCCCAGAGAGCAAGGUGGUGUCUGUGUUUUUCACCGCUAUCACACCCCUGCUGAACCCUAUCGUCUACACCCUUAGGAAUGAAGACAUGAAGAAUACCUUGAACAAGUUAAUGGGGAGGGUGGAGGGAAGAGAAAAAAAAUGAAAAUGUCUAAGCCCUUAAGGUGCUUGGUGCUCCAAAUCAAAGAAAUGCCUUGCGAAGAUAAGUUACAAACCACAUUUAUCAAACUAUAUGACUUAUAAAACUAUUUUCUAGUCCAAUAUCUGACAAUCAUGGCAAUAAUUAUGAUUUUUAAUAUCUUCCACAGGCUGAAAAUUGUUCUAGGCACUGUGCAAUUACUUAGUUCUCACAACAACCCUGUGAGUUAGGUAUUAUGCUUGUUUACACAUGAAGAAGCCAAAGCUGAAAGAGAGCAAAUAGCAUGCCCAAGGUCAUCCAGCUAGGAAAUGAUGAAGGCAGGAUGUUAAGCCAAAUGUAUCAACACAAACUCAUGUUAUUUUCAGUUACAUCAUGCUUCCUCUCCCUGCUUUUGUCUUAGGGUCAUACCCAAGGUCUAAACAAACGUUCAGAUUUCUGGGCAGUGCUUGCCAACAUCAUUCACUCAGACGCUUGUCUAAAUAGCUUAGCAAACACUGGUAAAGCAGGCAGAGUAACUUUGCAUAUGACUUCAGUGCUGUAGAAAGAAGACUUUGAACCACUGAAGUUACUGAUAUCCUCAAGUGUCCAGGAAAAAAUCUUCCAUCAAAACAAUGAAAUGGGGAUAUCUUAUUAUCCAUUCAUUUGACAGAUAUUUACUGAGCACCUAUUAUGUGCUAAGUACUAGGUUUAUAAUCAUAAAUAAAACGUAUAAUCACUCUUUUAUGUUGCUCAGAAUCUAGUGAGAAUAGAAAACAAAAAUAUAAACAAAUUUUAAUUACAGAUCAUGACAAAUGCCAUGAAAGACGAUGCUGUUAGAGAGUUAUAGAAGAGACUGUCUUUAGAUUGGUUAGACAAGGAGGGCCUCUUUGAGGAAAUGGCAUUUAAGCUAAGAUCUGAAAGAUGAAAAAGAGCCAACCAUGAGAAAAGAGAGGUGAUGAACGUUCUAGGCAGAGGAAAUGACAGGUGUAAAGAUCUGUGUUCAGAAAGACGUUGACUUGUUCCAAGAAGUAAAAGACCAAUGUGGUUACAGCUUUGACUGUGAGGCAGAGAAUGGUGAGAGAUGAUAUUGGAGAAGUAAAAAGACUACUUUCAUGUCCUCUCAAGGAGUUCGGAAUAUUUUUCAGUACAGUGGGAAGCCAUCAGAAAGGUGGAAGCACAGAACAGACAUGAUACAAUUUGUGUUUUAAUGAAAUUAUUCUAGUUAUGUAGAGAAUUUAUUCAACUAAGCAUUUAUUACUAAACAAUAUCACACUAAUGGCUGGGAGAAAAUGCCAAGUUGAGCAAAACAUGGUCUGUAAUCCAGCAUCUUGAGUCUAGUUAUGGUGACACACAUUGUAACAUUGUGAUACAUUGUACUCUGAGUGGUGUAUGCUGAGUGGACUGGAUAACGGGAUAUGAAGAGGGUAUUCCAGGCAACAGUGUCUCACAUAACUGUAUACAAAAAGCAUGGCAUAAUGGGACCCAGAAGUUCACUCUCACUCCAUCAGUGAGAAGGACAUGCUUAAAUGCAGUGGGAUUUCCCAGGCAAUCAGUAAGGGUGUGGUCAAUAAACGUGUGGGUCACAUGACCCAUGUCAUGUUUUUUAUGGUACUUUUACCAGGAAAUGUGUUGAGAAGGAAAUUGAAGCCAUAUAAGUCAUUUCAGUUAUACAGAAGUAUGGUUAUUAUGGUAUUAAGGUAUUCUGUAAGGUUUUCUUGGCAGAACAAUUUAACUUCCAGUAGAAAUUCUAAUAAUAGAGUAGUCUCAUUCCCAAAGGUAACUGUCUGCAUAGUAUAAAACUACAUUCAUUGGUACUGGUUGAUGGAAUAACUAAACUGAAUUUGAGAAUUAUGGAAUUUGUAUGAAAUAAAUGCUUUUAUUAUAGGAAAUGGCAGACAGGAGAUAUAGCCCAUCAAAGAGUCCAAAUGGAACCACCUUGUGCAGGAAUCAGCCACACAAAGGAACACCCGCAAUGUGAUAGUAAGUAAGACAACGUUUCAUGGCAACGACAAUGGAACAAUAUCAUGUUUGCUUUUUUUUUAAUAGUUGCUGCAAAAUUUCUAAUACUGCUGGUCUUCAAUCACAUUAAUCCUUACAGCUCUUCGGGGAGCUAAAAUCAUUUAUUCUCUACAAUGGAAUAUUACUCAGCCAUAAAAAGAAAUGAAAUUGAGUUAUUUGUAGUGAGGUGGAUGGACCUAGAGUCUGUCAUAACAGAGUGACGUAAGUCAGAAAGAGAAAAACAAAUACCGUAUGCUAACACAUAUAUAUGGAAUCUUAAACAAUAAAAAUGGUUCUGAAGAACCUAGGGGCAGGACAGGAAUAAAGAUGCAGACGUAGAGAAUGGACUUGAGGACAUGGGGAGGGGGAAGGGUAAGCUGGGACGAAGUGAGAGAGUGGCAUGGACAUAUAUACACUACCAAAUGUAAAAUAGAUAGCUAGUGGGAAGCAGCCGUGUAGCACAGGGAGAUCAGCUCUGUGCUUUGUGACCACCUAGAG